GCACCGGGCUAGAGCUCUCGGAGAAGUGGGAUCGCGAGGCCGGUGCGCGGCGGUCUGCGCGGUCAGAGGAGCCCCAGGCGGCAGCAGCGGCAGCAGAAGCAGCAGCGGCCCCCGGCGCAGCCGCCGCCUCCGCGCCGCCAGCCGCCGCGGCUGCAGCCUCCGAAGGGAGGCCGGGGGAGCCGGCUUGCGCACUUUCCCGCGGACUUUCGGAGUGUUUGUGGAUUUACAUGCCAAGCCAUCAAGAUGAUGUCCAUGAACAGCAAGCAGCCUCACUUUGCCAUGCAUCCCACCCUCCCUGAGCACAAGUACCCGUCGCUGCACUCCAGCUCCGAGGCCAUCCGGCGGGCCUGCCUGCCCACGCCGCCGCUGCAGAGCAACCUCUUCGCCAGCCUAGACGAAACGCUGCUGGCGCGGGCCGAGGCGCUGGCGGCCGUGGACAUCGCCGUGUCCCAGGGCAAGAGCCACCCGUUCAAGCCGGACGCCACGUACCACACGAUGAACAGCGUGCCAUGCACGUCCACGUCCACCGUGCCGCUGGCGCACCACCACCACCACCACCACCACCACCAGGCGCUCGAGCCCGGUGACCUGCUGGACCACAUCUCGUCGCCCUCGCUCGCGCUCAUGGCCGGCGCGGGCGGCGCGGGCGCGGCGGGCGGCGGCGGCGGCGCCCACGACGGCCCGGGGGGCGGCGGCGGCCCGGGGGGCGGCGGCGGCCCCGGCGGUGGCGGCCCGGGGGGCGGCGGCGGGGGCGGCGGCCCGGGGGGCGGCGGCGGGGGCCCGGGCGGCGGGCUGCUGGGCGGCUCGGCGCAUCCGCACCCGCACAUGCACGGCCUGGGCCACCUGUCGCACCCGGCGGCGGCGGCCGCCAUGAACAUGCCGUCGGGGCUGCCGCACCCCGGGCUGGUGGCGGCGGCGGCGCACCACGGCGCGGCGGCGGCGGCGGCGGCGGCCGGGCAGGUGGCGGCGGCGUCGGCGGCGGCGGCGGUGGUGGGCGCGGCGGGCCUGGCGUCCAUCUGCGACUCGGACACGGACCCGCGCGAGCUCGAGGCGUUCGCCGAGCGCUUCAAGCAGCGGCGCAUCAAGCUGGGCGUGACGCAGGCCGACGUGGGCUCGGCGCUGGCCAACCUCAAGAUCCCGGGCGUGGGCUCGCUCAGCCAGAGCACCAUCUGCAGGUUCGAGUCGCUCACGCUGUCGCACAACAACAUGAUCGCGCUCAAGCCCAUCCUGCAGGCGUGGCUGGAAGAGGCCGAGGGCGCGCAGCGCGAGAAAAUGAACAAGCCCGAGCUCUUCAACGGCGGCGAGAAGAAGCGCAAGCGGACUUCCAUCGCUGCGCCGGAGAAGCGCUCCCUGGAGGCCUACUUCGCGGUACAGCCCCGGCCCUCGUCCGAGAAGAUCGCCGCCAUCGCCGAGAAACUGGACCUCAAAAAGAACGUGGUGCGGGUGUGGUUUUGCAACCAGAGACAGAAGCAGAAGCGGAUGAAAUUCUCCGCCACUUACUGA